AUGGACAGAUAUCGUGAAGACGCUGGACAGCGACUGUUCCCCCAUAUUAUAGAUGAACUAGGCGAGCUGGAGCCUGGGCGAAUAUUAUACGAGAUUCCGACUCAGGAUGACAUCGACGCCCCUUUCGUAAAAGUCACGGCCCAGGCCUAUGCCGACGCCAUCAGCCGCGCAUCCUGGUGGCUCGACGAGACCCUAGGCCGCGGCGCGGACUUUCCAACAUUAGGGUACGCCGGCCCCCAGGAUAUCCGAUAUCUCAUCCUCGUCGCCGCUGCUAUCAAGACAGGGUAUAAGAUGCUCUUUACAUCGCCGAGGAAUAGCACGGAGGGUGACAUAGCCGUCAUAAGAGCUGCCAGCUGCAGUAUCUGGUUGGUUCCAUCUGAGGGUUCGAAUAUUGAACGAGUGCUAGGACAGCUUCCUCUGAAGACGGUAUCGCUGCCAGACCUUGAUUAUUUCUUCACCACUGAACGAAGUGCCAAAUACGGAUACAGGAAAACUUGGGAACAGGGCAGGAGAGAUCCGGCGUGGGUUCUGCACACAAGUGGGAGUACCGGGCAUCCGAAGCCAGUUGUUAGGUUCCUCGACAGCGUAGCGUCCAUCGGGGCUAAUAACCUACUCCCUAAGGUCGACGGACGUCCCCUACUACUUCACGACUACUACGGCUCGAGAGUCUAUCUGACGUUCCCGUUUUACCAUGCGGCAGGGCUUGCCAAUGCCAUGAUGUGGCCCCUCUUCCAUGGCACUGCCGUCGUUCUUGGCCCGGACAAGCCCGUCAAUCUCGAUUUAAUGAAGUCGGUGAUUGAGCGGGCCAAGCCAGACGCAGUGUUCACCGCACCAUAUCUCGUGGAAGAAAUAUCCAGGGAUGAAGAAUUCCUAGUCCUCAUAGGUACCGUUAAGGCAUUGGCCUACGGUGGAGGACCAGUGAGUUUGGAAGCAGGGAACCGGAUAUGGAAGCAUACCAAACUCCGUCUUUCCAUCGGUACCACCGAGACAGGAUGGCUUCCAUGCAUCGAGACGGACCCAGAGGAUUGGAACUACAUCCGCCUCCAUCCGAACGCUGGCUUAGAGCUACAAGAUAGAGGCGGAGGCCUCUACGAACUCGUCGCCAUCCGUAAAGCGGAAUUAGCGCGGUGGCAGCCUGUCUUCUCGACAUUCCCCGAGCUUCAGGAAUAUUAUUUCCGAGACUUGUUCUCGAGACACCCAACGAAACAAGAUCUAUACAGGUACGAGGGCAGAGCAGACAAUAUUCUUGUCCUCUUAAACGGUGAGAAAGUUCAACCGAGCAACAUGGAGCUCAUAAUUGGCUCUUAUCCACUUGUGAAAGCCGUCGUAAUAGCAGGCCACGGGAGAUUCCAGACCUCUGCAGUGAUAGAAGUCGUAGAACGCGCAUACGUACGGGACGAAGUUGGUACCCGCCGUCUCAUCGACGAACUCUGGCCCUCGAUAGAAGCAGCAAACAGGUCGGCCCCAACGCACGCAAAGCUCUAUAGGGAUUUCGUCAUCAUCGCCUCGCCAGACAAGCCUUUCCCUAAGACGUCCAAAGGCACCGUGCGGCGCGGGCUAGCGAUUGAGCUGUAUGAGAAAGAGCUCGAGCUCGUCUAUUCCAGGGAUAAGGGAUCGCCCACUUUGGACGAUCUGCCGGUGCUGGAUUUCGGCUGCCCAGAUAGACUGCGAACGGGUAUAAAGAAAGUUAUUCAAGCUGAGACGCAGCUCGAAGAGCUUGGUGACGACGAUGACUUCUUCGCCGUGGCGGGUUUGAACUCACUUCAGGUGCUAAGCCUGUCGAGGGCGUUCUCAGCCAGCUUAUCCCGGGAGAAGCAAACCCAAUCGACCUCUAUCAGCGCGUCCAUCAUUUACAGGAACCCCACGAUAAAUAUGCUAGCUGAUGCCUUCAUUAGCCAAACGCAAACUUCUGAAGACAGCGCUGAGAAACUGCUUGGUCGGCCAAACCCGUUAUCGCGUCUCAUAUCUAAGUACGUCGACGCCUUGCCGGGAUCCACGAGCAACAGGCUUGGCGCGGUUAUCAAUAUAAGACGGGACCGGCUAUUCGUGAUAUUGACGGGGAGUACGGGUUCCUUGGGGUCUUACUUGUUGGAUGCGCUAAUGAAAUGCGACACCGUCGACGAAAUCUGGUGCUUGAAUCGUUCCCCGGAUGCUCCCGCGAGACAGUUGUCCCGGAGUCGCAGUCAGGGGCUGGAGACUGACUUCCAGUCUUACAAUGUCCAUUUUCGACACGCGAUACUCUCGGAUCAACUGCUGGGGCUAUCAGCGGCCGACUACGCCUACCUGGCCCAGAAUGCGACGCAUAUUAUCCACACUCAAUGGAAGGUUGACUUUAAUCUCACCCUGUCUUCAUUCGAGCCACAUAUCAAAGGAGUCCGAAACUUGAUUGCCCUAGCAGUCGAAGGCUCGACCGCAGAAAAGACGACGUCGAUCUUUUUCACGUCAUCCAUCGGCGUCGCGAAUAAUCCCAGCUCGCCAGGCGUGCCCGUGGCUGAGAAGCCCCUGAGGGAUGGGUCAGCAGCGGUGUCAGGAUACGGCGAGUCGAAACUGGUAGCCGAACAGCUCCUUCUAGCCGCUCACGAGAAGGAUGGACUGAGCGUUACCAUUUGCCGCGUUGGUCAGAUUGCGGGUCCGGUGCGAGCUGAGCAUCGCAGAGGACUUUGGAAACGCAGCGAAUGGUUCCCUAGCAUCGUCGACGCAUCGGCUCUUCUGGGGCUUGUCCCCGAGAGCCUGGGACGUAACGACCAAGUUGACUGGAUACCUGUCGACCUCCUCUCGUCCAUAAUCCUUCAGCUCGCCAGGGUCGAACCAGAAGAUGGCGCCGAGCAUGCGACAGGACCGCAGGUUUUCCACGCCGUCAACCCCCAGAAAACCGGCUGGGGUCAGUCUUUACUGCCUACUGUCGUCUCCCGGCUCGGCACGAGGUCAAAGACAGGGUCUGUCGAGAUUGUGCCCCUGGAGAAAUGGAUCGAAGGACUUCAGAGUGUGGUUGCCUCACCGGACAGCCAGGGCUCAGACAUUCUGUCCGCGUCGAAGUUGAUCCCUUUCCUGGCCGGCCUGUCACGGUCGAGCGCGGGGCCAGAGUUUGAGACGAGCGAAGCGACUAGACUAAGUGGAAGGCUUCGGGGGCUAGAGCGAGUCGGCUCUGAGUGGCUGGACAUCUGGCUGGAUCAGUGGGGAUAUUGAAGGGAUAGCUGAAGCCGUUCGGUGUCAUCUGGUUUUGCUGAGAGUUGCGGUUCGGAUAGAGCCGUCUACGGCCUGGACUCUCUGCCGACAUCUAGGAUCCGGCAAUGGCUGACAAAGCCAAGAAGCUCGGAGUUUCUUACAGCGCACCAGUGCAGAAGCUGGCAACCUAUAGGCAACCGAAUGUAACCAUCGCUUGUUCUCCAUGGCGGCGUCUGCUGGCGGGUUAUCGAGGUUCGUGAGAUGGGCGAAGUGGCAUGCAACUGACGAGGAGACA